AUGAUGUUUCUUCAUGGAGUCGGCGGAAAUGUGCGGAAGCGAGGAGGAAGUUUCAAGGAAUGGGGUUUGCGUCUCUGGUGCAGAGGUUUCCUUCGUGUUUCCUGGAACCUGGCCAAAGAUAUGUGCGAGUUCAUUCGCGUCGUUGAUGCGGAGAUCUAUGAUGAGUGGAGGAAUGCUGCUCGACCGUGGCGUGGUGUGCGUGCUUGUCUGUGUGCUUAUGGUGUGAUGUGGGAUCGUAUUCGUGCGGAUGCGUCUGGUUUUCUGCGCAUGAGCUUCUGCUUUCGCGAGUCCAGGAAAAUGAAGGGUACUGGCAGGUGA